AAGGCUGCGCCGCUCUCCUGCGUCUGUGGUCCGAGGAAAGAGUGUCCAAACACACAGAAACAUGGCGGUUAUUAAAGAGGAGACUGAAGACUUCAGGAUUGAAGAAGUGUUUAGUCUCAAACCAGAAGAUUUCGAGGAACUAACAGACCUGACAGCAUUUAAAGAGGAGAAAGAAGUACUGAAUGAAAUGGAAGAGAAAGAUCAGUAUGAGAGCCAUCAUGAUUUCAUAAUUGAAGAAAACUCUUUUAAUUGCUCACAGACUAAAAAGACUUCCUCACGAAAAAGAGUUCAAGCGAUAGGAACUAGAAGUUGUUUAACCUGCUUUCAGUGUGGAAAGCUUUUCACUCAAAAAGGAAGAAGCAUUAACAGGAACAUGAGAAUUCACUCUGGAGAGAAGCCUUACACAUGCCCUCAGUGUGGAAAGUGUUUCGAUCAGCAUGGAAAUCUUAAAGUCCACAUGAGAAGUCACACUGGAGAGAAACUCUACAAGUGCCUGCCGUGUGGAAAAAGUUUUGAUCAACAUGGAAACUUUAAAAUCCACAUGAAAAUUCAUACAGGAGAAAGCCUUUUUACCUGUCAACAGUGUGGAGUAAGUUUCAGAAAGAAAUGGAUUCUCAAAAGGCACAUGAGAAUUCACACUGGAGAGAAGCUUUACACAUGCCAUCAGUGUGGAAAGAGUUUCGAUCAAAAUGAAAACUUUAAAAUCCACUUGAGAAUUCACAUAGGAGAAAACCCUCUCGCCUGCCAACAGUGUGGAGUAAGUUUCAGAAAGAAAUGGAUUCUCAUCAGACACAUGAGAAUUCACACUGGAGAGAAGCCUUACACAUGCCCUCAGUGUGGAAAGAGUUUUAAUCAACAUGGAAAUCUUAAACUCCACAUGAGUAUUCAUACAGGAGAAAGGCCUUUUACCUGUCAACAGUGUGGAAAACGUUUCAAACGAAAAGGAAACCUUAAGUACCACAUGACAAUUCACACUGGAGAAAGCCCUUUUACCAGCCAACAGUGUGGAGUAAGUUUCACUCAAAAAGGGAUUCUCAAUAGGGACAUGAAAAUUCACACUGGGGAGAAGCCUUACACAUGCCCUCAGUGUGGAAAGGGUUUUCAUCAACAUAGAAACCUUAAACUCCACAUGAAAGUUCAUACAGUAGAAAGGCCUUUUACCUGCCAGCAGUGUGGAAAAUGUUUCAAACGAAAAGGAAACCUUAAUUAUCACAUGAGCGUACACACUGGAGAAAGCCAUUUCACCUGCCAGCACUGUGGAUUAAGUUUCACUCAAAUAGGAAGCCUUAACAGGCACAUGAGAAUUCACACUGGAGAGAAACCUUACUCAUGCUCUCAGUGUGGAAAGUGUUUCGAUCAGCAUGGAAAUCUUAAAGUCCACAUUAGAAUUCACACUGGAGAGAAACCAUACACAUGCCCGCAGUGUGGAAAAAGUUUUGAUCAACAUGGAAACUUUAAAAUCCACAUGAAAAUUCAUACAGGAGAAAACCCUUUUACCUGUCAACAGUGUGGAAAAAGUUUCAACCGAAAAGGAAACCUUAAGUACCACAUGAGAAUUCACACUAGGGAAAAGACUUACACAUGCCAUCAGUGUGGAAAGAGUUUCGAUCAAAAUGAAAAGCUUAAAGUACACAAGAGAAUUCACACUGGAGAAAGGCCUUUUACCUGCAAACAGUGUGGAAAACGUUUCAAACGAAAAGGAAACCUUGAUUACCACAUGAGCGUACACACUGGAUAAAGCCCUUUUCACAUGCCAUCAGUGUGGAAAGAGUUUCGAUCAAAAUGAAAAGCUUAAAGUACACAUGAGAAUUCACACUGGAGAGAAGCCUUUCAUCUGCAAACAGUGUGGAAAGGGCUUUACUCAAAAGAGAUGCUUAACAUGCACAUGAGAAUUCACACUAGAAAGAAAGAGUUUGUCAACAUAGAAACCUUAAAGUUCAGAUGAGAAAUCAUACUGGAGAGACCCCUUUAUCUGCCAACAGUGUGGAACUUUCGGCAGAAGUUAACUUUGAAAAUGAAUCCAUAUCUGGCUCAUGAAUACUCAAAACAGAAAGAAGCCAUUUACAUGUGAUUAGUGUGGAGUUUCAGAUAAAUGUUACCCUUAAGCUCAAUCCUUGAGGAUUCACUUAAGAGCGAAUGCCAUCAAAGUGUUUCCUGUCUGUGAAAUCCCUACCUCUUUGAAGUCAUGUGAUAACUCUCAUCUGAAAGUCUGAAAUGUCAUCACUGUGGAAAGACUUGCAGAAACAAAGCAAAUCUUGAGGUUCACACUGGAGAUAAACUUUUCACUUGCCCCCAGUGUGGGAAGAGUUUCAACCUUAAAGGAAACGUUAGCAUUCACAUGAGACUUCACACUAAAGAAAGUAUUUCACGUGUGUUUAGUAUGAAGAGUUCUAUCAAAGAGCCCUGAAAUGUGGAGUGCUGCUCAGUGUGGCAAAAGGUUUACGAAAAAAAGAGCAAUUUCAGUUAUCAGUUGUGCAUUCAUUCUGGAGGAAAACUAUGCAAGAUGUGCAAAUGUGAGACCCUAUUUGUGUUAUUUGUGAUGUCAUUACUCAUGAAAAUACACAUUGUUAGUUAUAUUUAAAAAUGUGUUUUCACUAGUUGUUACACCCCAAGUUUGGGACCAGUUUAAGACUUGCAAAGAGAAAAAAUGUUGCAAUGGCCAGGGGGAAAAGAUAAACAAGAAUGAAUAUGAACAUAUUUUUAUAUCCCAGGGCAUAAUAUUAUUUGUUGUUGUUUUAUACUUUGAUUGCCAUACUAUGGAUAUACAGUUGCAAUCAGAAAUAUUCAACCCUCUCACCUCAAAAGACAUUAUGGUGAUAUCGAUGAACAAUCAUGACAAUAAAUGACAAAAAACCUCAUUAAACAACAAAAAAUAUUUAUUGAUACAUAUUUGAGUUAAUUUGACAACAGAAGUUGACUUAACAUUGAAGUUCAAAUGAAAAAUGUAACAUUUUUAACAAGUGCAUGUGCAGUAUUAUUCAACCCCCAGCUUCAGUAGUUUGUGGAGCAUCCUUUAGCUUUUAUAACUUCUAACAAAUGUUUUUGGUAAGUGCUGACAAGCUUCUUACACCUCUCUAUCAGAAUCUUUGCCCAUUCUUUGCCAAUUUGCCCAGAUUUUCAGAUUUAAAUCUGGUCACUGAGAAGGCCACUCCAGGACGUUCCAGGAUCUUUUUCUCAACCAAGCUUUGGUUGACUUGGAGGUGUGCUUGGGAUCAUUGUCUUGCUAGAAAGUCCAAUGAUCACCAAGGUUUAAUUUGUCAACAGAAGGCAUCAUGUUCCUCUUUAAAAUGGCCUGGUAUUUCUGGGAAUCCAUGAUGCCAGGUACACGAUCAAGAUUGCCAGUUCCUGCUGCAAGAACAGCCCCACAUCAUCAAUGAGCCACCUCCAUGCUUGACCGUGGGGAUGGUAUUUUUCUGGUCAUAAGCCCGGCCUUUCACAUGCCAGAAAUACCGUUGGUCCAAAUGUCCAAACCGUUCCAGUUUGGUUUCAUCAGUCGAUAGAACUGUCUCCCAAAACUCUGAAGUCUUAUCCAAAUUCCUCCUGGCAUAUUCUAGUCAACUUUUGAUGUUCCUUGUGGUCAAGAGUGGAGUGCGUCUUGGAGUCCAGCCAUGAAGUCCUUGUUUAUUCAGUGCAUGUCUUAUAGUUGCUCUUGAAGGACUUGUACCAGCCUUCAUUAGGUCAUCCUGUAGGUGUCUUGCAGUCACACAGAGGUUUUUCUUAGUUGUCCUGACUAAGUUGGUACAGGCCCUUGAUGAAAUUCUGGGCUUUCUUCCAUGGCCAGGCAUGUUUGCAGCUGUUCCAUAAGUUUUAAACGUUCUUAUAAUGCUCCCAAUUGUGUCUUGGAAUGUAAAAAAUGUUUAUACCCAAGGCCCUACAGGUGUGAUGAAAUAAUCUCUUCUCUCAGCUUUUGUGGAAGCUCCUUUGUCUUUCCCACGAUUGCAACUCACCUUGAAUACCUUCAUGGGUGGGGUUUAUAUAUGCAGCACAGCUGAAGCAAGUCAAGGAUGAUUAUAGAGCUCCCAAAGGCUUAAUUAUGUUGCAACUCCACUUUAUGCCAUAAAAUGUCAGAAAGCUUUAAAAAAAUCAAUAUUAUAUAGUGGUUGAAUAAUUGUGACAUUGCUAUCUUAACAAAAUAUCCUGUUACACACAAAUACUACAUCAUGCAUUUUCUGUGUUGACUUUGUGUCACUCAACUCAUAAAGAAGUCAUCCAACACAGAAUCUUGUUCUUUGAAAAAACUUUAAUUGAUAAAUCCUUAAUCUUUGAAUAUUUUGAUUGCAACUGUACACGUUGUUGUGCAUAUACUGUGUGUGUAUACCCAUUCUUUUAUGUUGCAACAAUUGGGGGCUUGUCUAUUAACAACAAUUGGAAACUUAUCCUACAUUUUGAUAACUAGGGGUGGGCUUACCAAGUUUUUGUUAUUCAGAGGUUGUUUUGUUAUGCUUGCUUGGAGGUCAUGUUGGUGAGAUAUGGAUUUGGAUUUAGUAAUGUUUAAAGUAUGUCCUGCAUUAGUAGAGUUUAAUUGUUGAAAAAAUACUUGAUAAUUGCUUGACUUAAAACUAAAGAAAAACAUGAGACACAGCUUCGAAGCUAAAACCCUCUGUAGAAUGCCAGUUCUUACUCCUAAGUCCAGACCACCUUUAGCUAGUGUUGGGGAGACGGUGAAGUCUGACUUUGACAAGUAUGUAAGGUUAGUGCAGUGAUCCUCAAAUCUGGCUUGCGAGAUCAACUUUCCUGCAGAGUUUAGC